AUGGGCCUCACCUUUGCAGACCUCCAGAAUCUCUCCAGAGAGGCGACCGUAUUGUAUCCUCCCAGACAUUUACCGGUAUUCACAGAACCCUCCGAUGAGGAGCAGAGGGUUGCUGAACUCCAAUUAGGCAUCAGUAACCGCUUGAGGAAUUCGCCGUACUACAUUGUCGAACGCGUUCAGUCUACUGAUCUUCCUCGGUAUUCUGACAAAUAUCGACCCUCGCUGAACAGCCAACCUCAAUUGAAGCGGAAAGACCUCCAUGCACCUUUCUUCCCGGAAGCUCUGCUAGAAGAAUACUUCAACCCGCGAGGCGCAAAAGCGAGACGAGCAGCCAACGCAGGCAAAACCAAAAUCAAUCUCGAUGACUUUAUCGAUGAAGGAGAUGACCAGGAAAAAUCCUCGGACGAACGGUCAGACGCAGGCUCCCAACCAGAAGAAGACUACGACGUCGACGAGGAAUACGACAACGAUUACGCCGAAAACUACUUUGAUAACGGAGAGGGAGACGACAUGGAUGAUCUCGGUGGAGGUGGUGGAGACGAUGGUGGAGGUGGAAUGGACUAUGACUAG